CAAACGCUGUUUGGAAAAUAUGCCAGAAUAAGUUUCUCAAUGUUUUCUUUGAAGAAAGAAAAGGUUGGUAUUUUUUUGGACAAAUGCACAAGAAUUUACUCAUCUCUUCAUAAUAAUAUAGCAAGAAAGUAAUUAGACAAAAUAUUACAACAUAAAUUUUUUAUUAUCAGUGGCAUGCUGGGAACAACUUUUAUGCAGAUACCAGUUGGUUGAAAAUGUGCUACCAAGCACUGCAGGUAUGAGUAGUCCUAAGGAGGGUCCAGGGGACAUGGCUCCCCAUUCCCCUGCCAGCAUGCCACUGUUAUAGUUUUUAGCAAUUUUACACCGAUUUAGGAUUUUUCUCUGCCAUACAAUUAGCCAAUCACAUUCAAGUGUCAUCCUGCAACAUUAUAAUAAUUAUUAUUAUUUUAAUAAAUCGUAUGCGUAAAUUGUGUUUCCUUGUAUAUAUGGCCAAUGGUCGAAUGAACAUUUGAGCAAUGUUAUGCUUAUUUUGUUUCAAUAAACAAAGAUAGCUUUUGAAACGAGUUAAAGUUUAAUCAUAUCAUCUCCUGAAGAAAAAGGUGAAAGUUGACAAAAGUAUGCUUGGUGUGGCUUGGACCACCUGUGAAUAUGCUAAAUACGUAAAACAUGACGAACGCGAGAAAAUCUUUAUUAAUUAUGUAACUUCAUUUUUAAUUUUGUGGCAAGCAACUGGAAAAAGUUUCUCGUCGAAGUUGCUUUAGUGCUCAGCAUGAAAGGCAGAAUAACUAUUUAUACCAUUACUGGUUGUCCAUUUUGUACUCAAGCGAAGAACAAACUUCGUGUGCUCGGUUUGGAGUUUGUUGAAAUCAAUUUGGAUGUUUAUAAAACCAGACGAAAAGACAUGAAGCAGAGAACUGGUCGCAAAACAGUGCCUCAAAUAUUCUUUAACGCAGAGCACGUCGGAGGAUUUUCUGAUUUCGAUUCAUUGACAAAAGAAAGCCUUGAUCAAUUGAUAAAGCUUGUGAAUGAAAAUGAGGCUUUGGAUGAUGCUCCACCUUUGCCAGAGGGGCCUGAAGACAAGGAGGGUUUCGAAGUAUCAGAAUUUACCUGUGAACUUGAUGAGUAUGCUGAACUGGUAAAACAGAUAAAAGCUAGUGGGAUUGUUAAAAGUAAUGGAAGUUUUCUUUGGUCGUACAAGAACACUUUCAAAGGAAAGGAGCUUGUGGAUUGGUUGGUCAGUUCUAAAGAAGUUGAUCGAACAAGAGGUGUAGCAAUGGCCCAGAAUCUGUUGGAAAAGCAUUUCGCCCAUCACGUAAAAAAAGACUUAACCGAAUUUCAUGAUGAUGAAAAACUGUAUCGAUUUCUUGAAGACGAUGAAAGCAAUGCCCUUAAUGCUGAUGUCGCCUCAGAUUGUGAACCAAGACCUGCUGCCGUAGUUGGGGAAUCAUUGAGAAAAUUCAUUCUCCAACUUUAUGCAAAAUAUCUGUCGAAAGAUGGCAAGGGCGUUGAUUACACGGCUAUGAAGUACAGCUCAGAGUUCAAAGCGUACGUGAAUCAUACUGCUGAGUUGAAGAGAGUUCAACUUGAAGAAUUGACCAAAGAAGAGAAGUUGGCUUUCUUUAUCAACACUUACAAUGCUCUUGUCAUUCAUGCAAAUGUCGUAAAUGGACCCCCCGUCAGCUUAAUGCAGAGAUAUAGGUUCUUCAACGUUGUUAGUUACAUUAUCGGUGGGCACAAGUAUUCGCUGCACGAGAUCGAAAGUGGAAUAUUGCGGGCCAAUCGCAGGCCGGUCGCGUCAUUCUUCCGGCCUUUCUCGAAAACGGAUCCUCGUUUAGCGUUCGCUCUACAGGAGCCCGAGCCGUUGAUACAUUUCGCUUUGGUAUGCGGUGCGAAAAGCUGCCCUCCCAUCAAGACAUACACACCACAGGACAUUUACGAAGAAAUGAAAUUGGCAGGAGAAGCGUUUCUCGAGGGACGAUGGCUGUCAAAUCAUUCCGGAAAAAGAGAGGUCAAGCUAAGCAUGAUAUUCAAAUGGUACAAAGAAGAUUUCGGCUAUGACAAAAAUGAGGUAGCGUUGUUGUCAGAUUGCUUGGAACUGAAAGGCAUUAAAAAGGUAGUACUAUGGGUUUACGAUCACAUGGGCGAGUGUCAAAAAAAGAAAGAUCUUGCCGAACUGCUUGUAACUGGUGAUUUCAAACUCACCCACAUGUCUUACAACUGGAGCUUGAACUCAAAAUAAGACACAAACGAAAAAAUAGGUGUUCCGUACGUACACCAUAAAUAUACUUAUUAUGUAAUUUUAAGCUUCGCAAGGUUUAAUUCGUGUUCCUGCAAUAUGUAUAUGAGUAGACGUUAAGAAGGAUAUAACUUCGGAAAGGAUACUUAACACAGCUAUAACUGCCUUGGGUAUUAAUCACUUCCAACGAUUUUGUAAACUUAAUCUUUUUUACGCAGUAUUAUGCCGCAUGUAGUUCUAUAAGAAAUGUGAAGCACUUUUUUCGUUUGUCGAAA